AUGGGUUUUCCCUGCGAUGUCUGGUUCCCGUGGUCGGCACGCCUGUUUCUAUCGCUCAUCGACUCCGUGUCGACUGGGAUUCUCGCCUCUGCCGGAUACUUUGCCGAGCCUGCCAUGUACCGGUUUGGCCUCCUGUUCAAGGUACUGCGAAGCUAUGAAUUGUGUCCGCAGGCGGGACAUCAAGGGGAGCCAAGCACUCUUCGCUCCGUCAUCACCCAAGGCACGCCUGCGGCGGCGGACCCAACCAAGAUCUCGUACGCACCGAGGCACGCCCUCGACGUGCGAGUUUCUGCCGCAUCCACCGUUGCCACUGCUCUUUUCUUUCUUCACAGCUACGGCUGGGUUCACGAGAAUCUCCGAACUAGCAACAUUCUGAUGCUCGCCGAAAAUCAGACCUCUACGACCCGCGCGGGCUCAUCUGCGAUGACUUCCCCUCUCGGACGACCUUUUCUCGUAGGCUUCGACGGCGCCAGGUCUAGCGACGGCAUCUACUCCAUGGGUUGCUAG